ACACCGUAACAUGAUGGAUAACUCUAAAUUCUACAUUUAGUUUCCUGUAAAGGCAAGGUCAAUCCAAUUUCAAAACAAAACAUUUUAAGAUGCCGUUUACAAAUGAAGAAUACUUGCCUAGCUAUGAAGAACUUACAGUUCCAGAACUAGAAAUUACUUCUUCUGUUUUUAGAUCAGCAGCCUACCAUCUUGGGAAAUAUUGCGAUAAUGCAAGCAAGGUAAUUGGAGUGAACUAUUCUAUAGUCUAUUUGAAAGUAUUGAUUAUAUUACUGUCAGUGACAGACUUACCGUUAGUAUUGACUUGUAGUAGUAGUAGCAGUUUGAGUUAGUUACCAUCGUCAGAUCGGCUACAAAGCUAUUUAGUAUUAUUAUUAUUAUAAAAUAUUUGUUAUCAUAUUUUGUUCAAGUUGGUACUGUUGGUACACACUGAAUAAAAUUUAGGUAAUUGUAUGCUUGACUUUGACGUUUCCACCAGUUCUACAUUUUUAAUAACACAGUUAGUUAGAGCAAAUUUCAAAUUAAAAAAAUGAAACCAGAAUCAACUUUUUAGCUUAAGUACUUUUUGAUCUACGAACUUUUAAAGUGUGAGUUCGUUUGGUAUUUUUUACUAUGGACGAAACCUCCACAUCUUGUGACCUCAUUCCGCUGAUCGCUUCAUGCACAAUGACUAUAUACUUUAUAUAAGGCAACGCAUCGCCUUAGGGUCGACUUAGUUUAAACUUUCAACUUUGGCACAUGAAUAAUUAAUUAAAGCUUUCCCUGACCAAUGGUAUAAUAGUUAUUGCACACGGCAAACUCUUAUGAAUGAAACUCUGAGGUAGUACUACGAUACAGCAACUAUGCAAGUGGCUGUGAAGGGUUGCCAAUGACAACAUGUUGCACACUGUAAAUUCUGAUCAUUUAUAAUAUGGACUCUACCGGGUUUUUAAAGCUCAAACUAAUACAUUCCAGUUUAAAUGUCUUCAAAAUGCAUUCUGAAACACAAGUUAUCAAAUAUUUUGAUGUAAAUAGUGGUAAUAAAUUAAUAUUUCCUAAGUAUCGGCAAUUUCGGCCAUUAAAAAGGGGGCGUGGCACACCCCAUGACGAAAUCAGGUUGAGGGAACUGCAUGACCUGCUGCGAACCCGUAGAAACAUGGCGUCUCUCGUAAAACACAUAUUGCUGUGAAAAUUGGCAUACAUGUAGAUCAAUACAUUCCCCAGAUGCAAAAAAAAUUUGGUAGUGACAAAUCUUUUACUUUGACUUAAUUUUAAUGAUGAAAGUUGCCUUAUAGUUACCAAGGAUUUUCUCAAAGCUGACCGAUUGUAAAUGAAAAAGAAAUUGAUUAAAAUGUAGGCCAAGAUGUCCUCUAAAGCGAAAGGUCGGAAGAGGGACACAAUUCUGGGAUAUAGUAAUUAUUUUAUUUUAUGAAUGAAAUAGUUCCACUAUCAAAAAAUUAAAAACUCGGAUUUUCACGCGCCGACGCCUAUUUCCCAUACAAAUAUUUUAGCAGUCUCCCUUGCUUCAUCGAAGUCCCUAUACUCGAGUCUACUGUGUUUUUGCACUAGUGAUAGUGACACUAGUUUUUUUUCACUCAGACGCCAUCUUUGUUGCCAUCACCAUGAAGAGGGCAACCAUGCAAAAACAAAGUAGUGCAAAAACUGCCUUAAAAAUCAGCAGAAUUUCAGACAUUUUACAGGGGAAAAGUGUUAAAAAUUAACAAAAAGUAAAGCAAAUUUAAAUGAAUUUUCUAUUUGAGAAAAAUCUUGAAUUCUUAAAUUUAUAACUCUCUACCUAACCUGAAUCCUAAGUUAUUAUCCCUACCUCAAGCGUAAAUUCACCCCAAAAUUUAUUCCUCCCUAACUAAAGCGUAAAUUUAUCACUAAAUUUUAAAUAUUCAAUUCUAAAAUCUGUGACCUAACAGUAACAUGAACCCUAAAACCAUGUUUGUGUGUGCCACAAUUUGGGCCUAAAUACUAUUGACAAAAUUGUAAAUUAGAUAAAAAGGAUUAAAAUUAUUUUUAAAAUAUUAAAAAUAAAGAAAACCAACUUUAACAGUAUCAUCAAAUACCCUUCUACACACUUUAUAAAUCUCCCCCAAAAAAUUCAGAAAAGUCUAAAUCCAUUUUACAAAUUUAUCAGACAAUGACCCAGUCAAAAUGGCACUCAAAUAAAUGGCCUCGUUUUGAAAUGUUAAAUGUUAUAAUUAACCACCCAAUGAAAUAUUAAUUUAAAAAACCCAUCAAUGAGAUAAAUUCAAUUGGCUUUUUAUUGUAAAAAAAAAAAAGAGAAAAAAUAACUCUUAGUACCAAUGCAUGACUAAAAAAAGAGGAGGUCCCUCAGCAGAAUCUUGGGAGCGAAACGUCAAGUGUACAUUGUUGAAAAUUUACAUAAAUUGUAUGGCUUUAGGUUAUAAUUAAGUACUUCAGGAAAAAAUGAAUAAAAAAUUUUAAAAAUUAUUAAAAUAAACUUAAAAUAAAAAAUAAAACCAGAAUCAACUUUUAGCUUUAGUAAUUUUUGAGCAAUGAAAUUUUAGUACCUCCAUGUUUUGUGACCAAAUUUUGCUGAUUGCGUCAUGAUCCAUAAUUCUUGUUUAAAAAUUAUUUUUUUGCAACUUUUAUUUUCAGGCUUAAUCCUUUUUUUAAAGCUCCAAUUUUAAAAAAUAAUGAUAUUAUGCAGUUAAAACAAAAUUGUACCAUAUCUACCUAUGUAAUAUGGAUUAUCAGUAAAUUUAAUAAAUACAAUAUGGUUAUUCUGUUUACCAAGCUAAGGUAUCCAUGAAAUAUAUAAUAUAGUCUUUUUAAGGCAUGGUGUCCACCUAAAAAAUAAUACUGGAAUGGGAGUGUCAGUUUCUAGAAGUGGUACUCCUCUACACCACUAUUACAAACUGCAUGGCCAUAUACUUGAGCCAGUUUUCUCCGUAAGGUACCUCGGUGUUACCAUUCAAAGAGAAGUCUGCUGGGACUAGCAUAUUAACAAUGUGUGCAACCAGGGAAAAAAACGACCCUGGGGUUCAUAAGUUGAAAUCUGAACAUUGGCAACUCCAGUGUGAAAGAAAGGGCCUAUAAAGCCUUUGUCCGGUUGCUUUCCGAUAACGCAUCUUCAAUUUGGGACCCAUUCACUCAGAAGAGCAUCGACAGGUUGGAGGUGGUCCAACGACGAGCAGCACACUUUAUUCUGAACAGCUACAGGAACAUAUCUAGUGUUGGCAGCAUACUGGAAAUACUGGGCUGGACACCAUUGGAGGAAAGAAGACGAUUAUACAUCUCUAUGAUGUUCAAGAUAAAUAAUGAGCUGGUCCACUGCUCCAGCAUUAAACAGAAACUCAUCCCUCUCACCCCUGACAGGAAAGAGGCCAUGACAGGGAGUUCCGGUUCAUACCAGCAAGAACACAGUACAGGGGCACAGUACAUUAUUCCCGUCAAGGACAAUCAAGGACUUGAACAUGCUUCCAAAAUUAACAGUUGAAGCGACAACACUUGACACAUUUGUGUCUUUUGCCUCAUGCCUUCCAAACCCUAGUUCCUGAUACCCUUACUGAGCAGCCCUUGCAACCAGUGAAAUCUCCUCAGCGCAGACAGACACAUAAUCAUUGUAAAUCACUCUACAUACAUGGGAGCCAGAAUGAUCAAUACAUUGAUCGUGGGCCUUUAAUCUAUAGAAGGAGAAGAAGAAGACUGUGUAUUUUUAAAUGAAACUAUUAUGAUAAUACUAUAGAGUGUAUCACAUGCAAGUGGAAGUUAAUAGUUACCCAUGAUGUUUUACACACAGCAACUUAUUAUAAUUUAUAAUAUGGACUCCAGUGUUCAUCCUUUGCAUGUGAAAAUGACCAAGGCUACAAAUUUUGUAGUAGCCUUGACUUGAGCUAUAUUUAGUUUUAAUAUAGGGCAGGGCAGUUGCUCCAUUCAUCAGAAUCACUCUCUCAUUCUUUCCUAUUUGUGCCAAUGGCAAGACUUAGUCAAGACUACUGGAAAUAAACCAGGAUGCAGUGGAUAACCAGCAGAUUUUCUUGUGUCUCACUGUACUCUUAUUUUCAUUGUGUCAGUUUCAUAUCGCCUACGGGACUCUAUCUCCAUGUUUAAUUUCAGAUUUUGCCUGAUCGUAGAUCAGUUGCCAUCCAUUGUUAACAAGUCCCAUCUACCUGGGACGUUGGUGAUAUUUUUGCAGGGGAUUGAACUCCAGUCCACAAGCUUGGGAUUGGCCUAGUUUAAUCCCCUCUUCUGGAUUUUUAAAUCUCAAAUAAAAAUAUUUUGAUUAAAUCCCUUCUAAGUUCUAAAACGCAUUAAUCAAAAUUUUAGUGUAAAUAAUGGUAAUAAUUGAAUAAUGUUUAAGUAUCGCUGACUUCCGCCAUUAAAAAAGGGGCAUGGUCACCACCUUAUCGUGGUUGGGCUGAUUGAGUAAAACUAAGGUCCGACAUACCCUAAUUGAAUGAAGAUUGGCUCACAUAUGCAUCAAUAAAUAAUGCUCAGGAAUAUUUAAUAUGAAAGACAUAGAUAUUGAGUUUGUUAAAAAAAAAUUAGAGAAAGAUGCCUUAUGAUAUUAUCUAUGAAUUUUGAAAAUUAAGUUCAAUUGAAAAGGCAAAAAUCUAUGAUGGAAAUGUAGGCCAAGAUGUUCACUACUGUAAACAUAUGGAUGAUUACCACAAUUUUAUGACUAAACAGUCCUUUCAUUAGUUAAAAAGCACUAAAGGUCAAAAAUUAAAAACUUGAAUUCGUCUGGGCCAACACUUACUUCCCAUACAAAUUUUGAAGUGGUCUCCCUUGCUUUACUGAAAUGCCUACUAUUGUUUAUUAGGUUAAAAGAAAUAAUUUUUUUUAGCUUUGUAAUUGUUACAUUGUAAAUUCACUAAAAUACUAACGAAUUGGCAUAUUUUAUUAAAUUUGUAUUAUUUAUAGGCCUUUUAUCUUUAAAAAAAAGAAUGACCCUAUUUCAUUAAUCAAUAAGUUAUAGACCUAUGAUUUUUACUAUACAACUUGUGUCAUUCUGCACCUGAACAACAACCAUUUUAUUUUUUAAUAAAUUGUACAUAGUAGAGGCUGAGCACAAUUCUUUAAUGAAGCUCUGUCCAUCUUUUGUCAUUUAAGGCAAACAUCUGUUGUGGUCUAUAUAGGGACCAGUUCCAUCACAGAGGUGCUCUUAUACUAAUACUAAAGAAAACAGACGUUAACAUACAGUUUACCGCAAAUAAUCAAUAGCCUAUUUAUUUAUUUUAAAUUCUUUUUAAAAUUAUAUUGCUUAUGGCUGAAAACUGCACACAAUUUUUUUUACUCCCAUUCAUCAAUGACAAACUAAAUUUAAAGGUUAAGUGGUAUGUUAUCAACACAUUUCAUCCACAUAUUUUAUUUUUCAAUAAAAAUUAUAUUUUGAUGCAUGAUGUUGAUAUUUUUUUUCAACUUUAUGGCCAAUGCUUACUUUAGAGAUUAGCCUUUUGAAAGUUAUUUGUGAAAAAAAAAAGAAUAUGAAAUAACUUGUAAAAUAGAAAAUAAAAGCCUAUAAAUAAAUUUUUUUCUUUUCAUUUGCUUAAUUAGCUAAUCUAUUUUUAUGACUUUUUUUUUAGGGAUUAGUGAUGUGGGAAGGUUCCAAGAGGUACUCAUAAAUAAAAAGUUUAAUCAAGGGUUAUGGGAGAAAAAGAUGUUGGGAACUGCUGCUCUAGAGUAAAAACCUGGUACUGUACACAGAGUCUCAAAAUCCUUGUACACAAAUUUAAAUAACCUAUACUAUAAUGAUUAUAACUAAGGCCUACACAAAAUAUAAAAAGGUUAAAUAGUUGUAAAUCGAAUGGUUUAUUACUAUUUUCGUCAGUAAUAAUUUCUUUUUCCAUCCAUUUUUUCGUCACGCUAUCUGUAUAGGUUCUCAAUCUGUAACAACAGGCAUUUGUAAAUUUUAAAAUGUAAAAGAGAUAUAAUUGUGUCACCAUUGAGUCUAUUAUUAAUUUCAGCUUUUAAUUUUUUUCUGUUUUUCAAACAUUCAGUAUGGUCACUUACAUCUUUGGUGAAAUACCAGUAAAAUAAUCUUUGAGUUUUUUUCAAUGUGAAAAGUGAGAUGAGGCCAGAUGGAAAGGGAUUAAACAAAGCAUUCCCUUUCAUGCACUGUCAGACAUGUGAUAUUUGUUUGUGUUAUACUUUUUUCAAAUUCAUUUCAAUUAUUUCCAGGAAUUCAUGCUGUGUCGCACUGAAGAGAGGGAUCCCAGGAAAUGUCUGAAUGAAGGGAAGGAGGUAACUCGAUGUGCCUUUGAAUUCUUAGGUAAAAUAAAGAAGUCCUGCUAUGCUGAGUUCAAUCAGUACAUGCAGUGUAUUGAUCAUUCUGGCAGUGAAAUGGAGCUUAAAAAGUAAGAGUAAAUUACCAUCUUAUUUGUUUGAGUGGUUUUAUAUUAAGUAAAAGGUAGCAAUUUGUUCAGGGACAUCAGCUCACAGUUUUGGAGCCUAUAAAUUAUGCUCAUGAGCUUGUUCAGAAAAACGGGCAUAGGUGGGUUGCUUUUAAAUGGUUGUAGACAGCAGACAUUGGAUCAUAGCUGUUAAGGAUCUACUUCUUUUAAAUUUGAUAGAAAGUUUUGAAGGAAGCCUGAUGUAUUGAAUCUUUGGGGAAGUGGUGUUAAUAUUAUGAAUUUAUGUAUUGAAUAAAAAUGAAAACUAUUCUGAUGUAAUAAAGAUCAUUUAUUUUUUCAAUGUUGCCACGUCAACUCUGCAGAAUGAAAUACCAGAAAUUGACACUUUACCUAGUCAAUCACUUUCUAAUCCAUACAAAAAAAGCUCCAUAGUAAAGGAUUUAAUGAUAUUUAAGAAGCAAUUAGUAUACAGAAACUUUAUUAAAAUAAUCAUCUUAGUGUAAGGGGAGGUUCAGUAUUACUGUUUGUGGGUAAGCAAUGUCAUAUGUGAAAUAUAAAAUGGUUUUGCCUAAAAGUUGCAAAUUGCAUUUUAAAUAACAAAUAAUUUAAAUUUUGUCAGGUCCUAAAACUACAAUUAGUCUUUCUUAAUAUAUUUCUGAAUUUGAAUUAAUAAAAAAAAUGUUUUCCCAUCCUAGUAUUUUGUGGUGAAUGAUUUUAAAUAUUUUAUGUUCUACUAAUUCACCCUAAACUGAGUUUGGCAACGAAUCACUUUUUUAGAAAGUAAUGUUUUCAUAUUUUGUAAUAAUUGGUUCUCUCCAUCUUUUACAGUUGUCGCCAAACUCAGGCCACGUUCGAUGCUUGUGUCAAACAAAAUUUAGGACAGGACCGCCCUGAGGUUGGUUAUUUUGCUAAGGUGAGACUUCACAAAACUGACCGGCCCAGGCCAGUCCCAGCUCCACACAUUCUCCCGGAGCGUAUACCUGACCCUCCUGACUUUGACCAGAAGACCGACCCAAGCAAAGGACCCAGAAUGAUUUAAUGUGUUAAUUAUUAAGAACUCAAUGUAUAGCAAAUGUGUUGUUUGAUGAUUCAGUUUCUUAAGUACCUGUCUACACUGGAACAGCUUGUAACUUAAAAUACAUGUUUAGGACGUCAUUUUAUAGGAGCCCAUUCUUUGAAGGGGCCAAGUUUGAGUUAACCUGGUAUUGUUUGUGCUAAUGAAGUUACAAAUAAGGGUGUUAAUUGUGACCAGCAGUGUGUAAUCAUGUGUUUGUACAGAAACCCUUGCUGGGAACAUUUAUGUGUAAAUUUGUGAUUUAUUGUUUACAGUGGGGCAAAGAAGGAGUUAUAGAGACUAAAUAAAUUACUGUUUAAAAUUUAAA